AUGAGUGAUGUUGGAUCUCAGCCUGUACUUGUAAGAGUUGAUCGUCCCUCUACGAGUUCACAUAACCAAACCGUCAAUGGCGUGGCUGAAGCAGCCGUAGAGGAAACUGAGAUGGAGCUGUUUGAUGAUUUUGAUGACGAUGAUAUCGAAACUCCACAAAUGGGAACACGAGCGGAUAAAUCUCUCGGUCUGCUCACUAAACGGUUUAUUCGUCUGCUUCAGACUGCCACCGGAGGGAUAUGUGAUUUGAAUAGUGCUGCUGAGCAGUUGAAUGUACGUCAAAAACGAAGGAUAUAUGAUAUUACUAAUGUUUUGGAAGGUAUAGGUCUCAUAGAAAAAAGAUCCAAGAAUAUAAUUCAAUGGAAGGGAGGUGAACUGCUGCCUACAACGGGGAAAAGACCAAUCCCACAAAGAGAUCAAGAGAGAAUACAAUUCCUCAAAGAUGAAAUCCAAGUCUUGGUCGAUGAUGAAGAGAAGUUAACCAAUCAUUUAAAGUUUAUGAAACAGAGCAUUAGGAACGUUCUCGAAUUUACUAAUAAUCAAAAAUACGCAUAUGUACGACAAGAGGAAGUUCAGCAAGUGUUUCCCAAUCUUAUUAACUUCGCCAUCCAUGCUCCUGCAGGAACUAGUGUGGAAGUUUCGCCUCCUAAGUUUGGGUUCGAGUAUGAGGCUCAGUACCAAAUGAAGAUAAGAAGUCGUUGCGGCCCAAUCAGCGCUGUGAUCGUUAAUAGAUGUGAUGAAAAGGAAGAUGAUGAAGAUAUGCAGUAUGACGCUUUGGAUGAGCCUGGUCCUAUAUUGGAAGAUGAGGACGAAGAUAUACUCAUGGGGUUAGGGAAUUUCCGGAGAAGACGAAUGAUUGAGAGAGAUGGAUCAAAUAUGGAAAAAGAAACUCCGGAGAGCUCUGAGGUAAAAGAGAGAAUGUACCUUCCUGAUGGAAUUACGGAUGUUGUUGUGAUAGCGUUAUCGAUCUGUUCCAAGAUGAAGAAUUUGAUUUUUAAUUUAUUAACAAUUUCUUUUUGUGAUCUUUGUACCUCCUCUCUCUUUCUUCCUGUUACUUCAACUAGAUACGUUUUUCAGCUGAGAACAAACACAACAAAUAGAAUGGUGCUAUCCGAAGUUGAAAUUUACAACAAUCUGUACGAAUUUCACGCUAAGAGUGGAAGACGCAAAAAGAUCAGAGAAGAUGAAGUCAAAGAUUUUCUCAACAUACCUAAGUAUCCUCUUGAAACACAAGAUGCUUUCAAACCUCUGUCAGGAGCUGAAGACUUGUUGAGAGAUAGCUUACUACCUAUUGUCAAACUGUUUGGGUUUCAAGAUAUGAAUGAGGAAGCACAGACACUUCUAUUCCAAGCAGCUGAGAGGAAGCUAGCUGAGUUCAGUUUACAGUUUCGUUCCUCAAAAGAAAGGAGGUCCGAAGGACUGGAAACAGCGUUCAGUUCCUCCCUUCAACACGUAUUGUGUUUACAUGCUCUACAAGAUCCAUUGGCAAUUAAAUCUUAUUACGAUAUGAGAAUCAAGAAACCUUUAUCGAAGUUGCAAGAAAAGAUAAUGUCAAUCAUUGGUGAAGCACCAGCAAAGGCGGCAAAAAGGAAGAAAUCUGUUGCUAAUGAGCCUGACAAGCGAUCACGACAAAAAUGA